AUGAUCCGGUCCAACAUGUUAAAAAAAAAUGUAUUUCAACAAGCAAUUCGAUUUAAUGCAACAUGCAGUGUCAUUCCAAAAGUUCCAAUGUACAUAGAUGGAAAGUUUGUUGAAUCAAAAACAAAUGAUUGGAUCGAUGUACACAAUCCUGCUACAAAUGAAGUCAUUUCUAAAGUACCAAAAUGUACACAAAGUGAAAUGGAACACGCAGUAGAAUCAUCCAAAGCAGCUUAUAAAUUGUGGUCAAAAACUUCUGUGAUGAGAAGACAACAAAUCAUGUUUCGUUAUCAGGAAAUCAUCAAAGCUAAUAUGAAAAAAUUAUCAGAGAAUAUAACCAAGGAACAAGGGAAAACAUUGAUUGAUGCAGAAGGAGACGUAACUCGUGGACUGCAGGUUGUUGAAAAUUGUUGCAAUUUUACCAGCUCAAUCAUGGGCGAAUCAUUACCAUUAGUAGCUACUGAUAUGGAUAUACAUUCCUAUCGUGAGCCUCUUGGAGUGACGGCUGGUAUCGCUCCAUUCAAUUUCCCUGCCAUGAUACCCUUAUGGAUGUUUCCUGUUGCUAUUUCUUGUGGAAAUACAUUUGUUAUCAAGCCUUCAGAAAGAGUACCUGGUAAUUGUAUGAUGCUUGUUGAAAUGUUGUCGGAAGCUGGCUGCCCACCUGGUGUUGUGAACAUUAUUCAUGGUAGUGUAGACACAGUGAACUUCAUCUGUGAUGCACCAGACAUUAAAGCAAUUUCAUUUGUUGGUGCAAACACUGCGGGUGAACACAUUUACACUCGAGGUUCUAAAAAUGGUAAAAGAGUACAAAGCAAUAUGGGUGCAAAAAAUCAUGGUGUAAUAAUGCCUGAUGCAAACAAGACUAGCAUGUUAAAUUCAUUAGUUGGAGCUGCAUUUGGAGCAGCUGGACAACGGUGUAUGGCAUUAAGUACGGCUGUGUUUGUUGGUGAUGCUAAGAAUUGGCUUCCUGAAUUGAAGAGUCGUGCUGAAAAUUUAAAUGUCAAUGCUGGUCAUGUUCCAAAUACUGAUGUUGGCCCAGUUAUAUCGCCAGAAGCAAAAAAUAAAAUCCACAGUUUAAUCCAAUCUGGUAUUGAUGAAGGAGCUAAAAUUCUUUUGGACGGAAGAAACAUAAGUGUGCCGGGCUAUGAAAAAGGAAAUUUCGUUGGACCAACUAUUCUCACAGACGUGAAGCCACAUAUGAAAUGUUAUACAGAAGAAAUAUUUGGACCGGUGUUGGUGUGCUUGACUGCUGAUACUUUGGAUGAAGCUUUAAACAUAAUUAACUCAAAUCCAUAUGGUAAUGGUACAGCUAUAUUUACUACAAAUGGAGCAACAGCUAGAAAGUUUACUCAUGAAGUCCAAUGUGGAAAUGUUGGUGUAAAUGUUCCUAUCCCAGUUCCAUUGCCAAUGUUUUCAUUUACUGGUACACGAGGCUCAUUUUUGGGACAAAAUCAUUUCUAUGGCAAACAAGGUUACCACUUUUUUACGGAAUUGAAAACAGUUACACAACUUUGGAAAGAAUCUGAUGCCACAGACACCAAAGCUGCCGUUUCUAUGCCUGUGAUGCGAUAA